CCUCUCUCUCUCUCCUCUCUCUCUCUCUCUCUGUCAAAACAAUUUCUUCUCCACAACCGUCCAAACAAAGAGACUUGAUGGAAAGUGAGAUUUUGCUUUUGCGAGAUCCAUUCUCAUUGUGUCCUCCUUCCGUGAAUUGAAUCACUUCGCCCACCAUGAACAAGCCAGCAAAGUUCGUUCUGGACACAACAUCCAUCCCUCCCAUCUCUCUUGAUCUCACGAUUCUCAAACACCAUGCGUCAGUCGAAGCCAGGCUCCCCAGAUAAGAGCUCAGAUCCCGCAACUUAUCUCAAUCCAUGGCUCGAGCCCAGAUAAAGAACAAGCUUGAGGGAGAUAUUGUUAUCGGUAUCCGUCGUCGAGAGGGGCAGGUCGGGUCUGGGGGUUCUGCGGCACGAUCAUGGUUCUAGCUCGAGAUCAGCUUCCUGGCAAACGUCGUCAUAAUCCGCUUGUUCCUGCAUGUGUUGUGUCUGAUCUAGCAGUUAUUCUUGAUCUUGGUCAGAUGGCUGAAGAUGAAUCAAGAACUAACAGUCUCAAUGAGGAGGCCUCAUCAAGCUCAAAGGAUGUUGGAGAUCAAGAAGAGAAGGAUGAGGCGUGGCUGCAACUAAGCAUAUGUAGCCAUACUAGAGCGAACAACGGUGACAAAAGGUGUGAUCAGAUUGAGCCAACUGGUCAAGGAAUUAGCCACGGAGUAUCGGUCGAGCUCAAUCUAUUACCAAGCGGAUGUUCCUGGCACCCGACACCGCCCUUAACCCCCGUCUUUGAUGUGCCUAAUCUUAGAGCUUCUAGGCCAAUUACCAAUUUUGCUAGUGAUAGAAGUACUAAUCAUAGCUCAUCAUAUCUCUUUCAACACCCUACACGUAGUUCGACUUUUCCCACUCAUGGGUUCGAUUGGCCCAAUUUCUCAUCGUCAUCACUGCAGUGUUCCUCAUCUUCUUCCCUAAUGCCUCCGCGGUCGAAUCUUCCCCCUCCCUUUCAACUUCAACUACAAGUAGAUGGAGCAUCGGGGUCGAGCAUGGAUUUUACGGUAAUCGACGCUCCGAAGAGACCUUACCCUGGAGUUUGGUUCGUGUUACGAGCAUCACAAAAUCAAGAUAAAGAACCACUCUUGCCCCAACUACCCAAGAUUUACCUCAGAGUCAAGGACGGAAGGAUGACAGUCCGACUUUUAAUGAAGUACUUGGUCAAGAAGUUGAGACUGGAUAGUGAAUCAGAGCAGGUCGAGAUAACAUGUAGAGGCCAAAAGCUGCUGCCUUUCUUGACGUUGCAGCAAGUAAGAGAUAACAUUUGGAGUCCAAGUGAUGUGGUGACUUUGCUUCCUGAGUCCGCAACAACAUCGGAUCACAUCAUGGUACUUCACUACGGUAGGGUCGCCUGAAAAAAAUGUAGCUUAUACUCACAAGUCCCGACUUUGUAUUUAUUCUCAAGCGAUGUGAUCUAAUUUAUUAAUUAAACCCCCAGAGGGUUAUUUAGUUUCCUGAUCAUACAUGUACUAUCUUCUGUGACAUUAUUGGUUCUUGCUUUGCAUUUUUGGGUCAUGUGUAAACUAACCUAUGAUCUGUCAAAAAGGUGGAGCGGGAAUUAGCUAGGUA